GAUUUCGCAAUAUAUAAUGUGGUAAAACUGAUUAUAUUAAAGAACGAGAAAGAGGAUAUAGUUAAUUGCACAAGUUAAGUGAAACGAAGACGCCAUGAAGAUACAAAUUUUAAUAUGUUUUGCUGUCAUUGUGCUUUUGAUAGCCUUGACUGAUGCUAGAGGGGGCCGAGGGGGAAGGGGAGGACGAUUUUCCUCUCGCAGCCGUUUUUCCUCUAGAAGCCGUGCAUCAUCUAGAUAUGUGUCCAAAUUUUCGGGAAACAGGUUAUCUUCGAAAAGCAGUUUGAGGACAGCCAUAUUGUUAGGUUCAGUUUAUGGUGCCACAAGAUGGAAGAGACGGUCUAGCUUUAGGUCAAAGGGGAGUUUACCAGAAGUCUGCUACAAUGACAAAUAUGAUAAGAAUGCAUGGGGCAAUGUAUCAUAUGUGGGGAGAUUCAUUUGCCCUACAGAUGACAGUAUGGGGGAUGACCACACCUACUGCUGUGGUGAGGAGGGUCAGCAGUAUUGUUGUACAUUCUGGGAUGAUGGAGGGAGAGUGGCUGGUGUUGUAAUAGGAAUAAUUGUGGUAGCUGGGAUAAUUUUCAUUUGUUGUUAUUGCUGUAUUAAGAGACACAAGCACAGUUCAGGUUCAGUCAUUCGCAGUCCUCCAAAAAGCAACCAACACAUGACAACAGAUUACCAAGAUCAGAGUGCACCACUCAGAUCCCCCUAUAAUCAUGAUAAUGGUCCAACACCUCUUCCAAUGUCAGAUUACCCAAUGAGAAAACCUCACUAUCCAGGACAAGAGAAUGGACUGCCCCCCUCUGGUGCUCCCCCUCCCUAUGACUCUGCCACUGCUGGUCAGGGAAAUCUACCCUAUGACCCAAAUCCAACUGGGAAUUUGCCUUAUCCUGUGAAUCCACCACCAUUUCAAAAUCAAGACGGAGAGAAGCCACCCAUGUCCUCCAAUGGAUCUCUACCCUAUCCCUUACAUCCACCCACUGCACCACCCUAUGAUGGGGCACCCUACCCCACAGGCAACACUCCUUACCCACCAGCAGGCAACAUGCCAUACCCACCAAACAAUGCUCCCUACCCAAAUCAGUAAGCAUUGGGUGAGGUGCUGGGAGGGAGUUACUGUCUUUUGUGUACAAAUUGCUUGUUAUGGCAUUUUCUCUGUAAACUUGCUUUCAGAUUUUUAGCAAACUAUUUUUAUGUACAUGUAUUGAACCUUAUGAACAAAUGGUAUUUGUUUAUUUUUGUUGGACAUUAUAUUUGAUGAUUUAGAUUUGGAUAAAUUUUAUAAUUUUUGAUAAGUCUAGAA